CCACCAGGGCUCCUCCUCACAUAGCCUAGCAUGUAGUAAAUGCUCAAUCCGCGCUUGCUUAACAAGCAUCUGCUGUGUGUCCGGCACAAUCCUAGGUAGCAGGCCCAUAGGGAUGAGGAGGCUAUGGGACCUUCCCGUGAGGAGCUGAGCGUCAAAAGGGGAAAGAUGACAUGUAAAAUAAUGACUCGAGUCCAGAAUUGUAAGAUAUAGUAUAAUAGGGAGUUUGGAGAGCACAGAGGAAAAAGAAAAUAAACUAACUUGGAGACUCAGCGAAGUCUUCCAGAGGGAGUGAUGAUGGGCUAAACUAGGAGAUAUUUUUGCUAAACUAAGAAGUCCUGCAGGCUGAGGGGGAAAUCAUGGAUCAAGGCAAGAAGAGACUCGGUGGGCAGUCACACGAAGUAUUGAUAGGCUCUACCAUCAUUUGGAGUGGGAAACGUGCCUUACGUACCCAAUGUGAGAAGGGUCAGGUGGCCAUGCUGUUACGGGAGUUCUAAGAAUAUUUCUCUGACCAUAUUGUUUUUAAUCAGCCAGAUGAAUUUUAUCACAAAGCAGUGAAAAUGUUAUAGUCACCUUUGGUGAAGCAAGUUAUAACUUACUUAGGAUUUCUGGUCUGCCUUGUUCUAGAAAUUGGGCUGACAUAACAAGAAACUAUUAAUAGAGAAACAGGAAAUGGAAACUAGAGAUGCAAGGAAUAAGGCAGUUUCCCAAGGUUCUUUUUUUUUAAUCUAUGCAUAAAAUAUGAAAAGCGGAGAAGUACACACUUUGAACAAGUCUCCCAAGAUACUCUAACCAAAGGAUAGGCUGGUUAAUUUUCAAAGUGGAGGGGGGAAAAAAGACACAAUGGUAGCUUUUUAAAGUUUUCCAGAAUAGCACAAAUAAUUCCUGAAUGCCCUGUGCCCAGCUUCCCCGACUGGUAACAUUUUACUAUGUUGCAUUCUCCCUCGACCUCUCUCUUUUCUUUGCCCUUCGAGCAAUACAUUUCUUUGAGCCCAUCUAAGAAUGAUCCCAAUCCUCACGCACCUUUAUGUAGGCCUAAGAACGCCAGUAUUUCCUACAAAUGAAGAGUGCUCUUGCACAAUCCCGCUGGUCUUCAUUUUUCCUACUCAGAGAAUGACUUACCUGCGUUUAAAUGAAAUAAUAUACUGCUGUAUUUUUACGUCUAUUCCUUGAUAGAAAGGAGCCCUGGUGCCCAGUGGUUAGGUGCUCAGCUGUGAACCCACAGGUCUGCCAACCAAACCCACCAGCCGCUCUGUGGGAGCAAGAACAGGCACUCUGCUUCCAUGGAGACCGAGUCCUGCAAGGCCUGUGGGCUGUGUGGUGCUGUGCUGUCCUGCAGAGUUCCUAUGAGUCAGAACCCACUCACCAGCACCAGCCAUGGGUCCUCUUUUGGGUUUUAUGUGGGUUUGUCUGAACUGCCUUUUUCUUUUUUUUUGCUUACCAAUAAAGAAGGUAGGCGAUCUGGUGAUUCUGCAUCGACACCACGGGCUCCUGGGUGGCACACCACUGUCAACAGGCCACUCUGCUUCCAAGAGUCCGCGGUUCUUCUGCUCUCGCAUGCCGGUAGAAACUGCUGAGGGGAUGGGCAGGGAGGCCUGGUGGUGUGUAAACCCGUGAGUGCACAUUUCAUCUUUAUCCUGUGGCCAGCAGAGAUCCAGGGAAAGGUUUCCUGCCGGGGGCACCUGUGUUUUCUGAGAUCCUUUGACAUUCCUUUGGCAGGAGGUAGAAAUCAGAGCAUGAAGCCAUGAAUUACUUGGGCAAAUCCCUGGGCAUAUCUGUGGCCAGGCAGAAGAGAGCCUUCUCCGGCGUAAUGCACCCUGUUCUUUCCUGUGUCUUUCAGAGCUGGUUAAAGUCAUACGGCUAUCUACUUCCCUAUGCCUCGCGGGCAUCUGCGUUGCACUCGGGGAAGGCCUUACAGUCCGCAGUCUCCACUAUGCAGCAGUUUUACGGGCUCCCAGUCACCGGUGUGUUGGAUCAGACAACGAUCGAGUGGAUGAAGAAGCCUCGAUGUGGGGUCCCCGAUCACCCCCACCUGAGCCGUAGGCGGAGGAACAAGCGCUAUGCCCUGACGGGGCAGAAGUGGAGGCAAAAACACAUUACCUACAGCAUCCACAACUACACCCCAAAGGUGGGGGAGCUGGACACCCGGAAGGCUAUCCGCCAGGCUUUCGAUGUGUGGCAGAAGGUGACGCCGCUGACCUUUGAAGAGGUGCCCUACCACGAGAUCAAAAGUGACCGGAAGGAGGCAGACAUCAUGAUCUUUUUUGCUUCUGGUUUCCAUGGCGACAGCUCCCCCUUUGAUGGCGAAGGGGGAUUCCUGGCCCAUGCCUACUUCCCUGGCCCUGGGAUUGGAGGAGACACUCACUUUGACUCCGAUGAGCCAUGGACGCUGGGAAAUGCCAACCAUGAUGGCAACGACCUCUUCCUGGUGGCGGUACACGAACUGGGCCACGCGCUGGGCCUGGAGCACUCCAACGACCCCAGCGCCAUCAUGGCGCCCUUCUACCAGUACAUGGAGACGCACAGCUUCAAGCUGCCCCCGGACGACCUCCAGGGCAUCCAGAAGAUCUAUGGACCCCCAGCAGAGCCUCUGGAGCCCACCAGGCCCCUCCCCACACUCCCCGUGCGCAGGAUCCACUCACCGGAGAGGAAGCAUGAGCGCCAGCCCAGGCCCCCUCGGCCACCCCUCGGGGACCGGCCAGCCACUCCGGGAGCAAAGCCCAACAUCUGCGAUGGCAACUUCAACACCGUGGCCCUCUUCCGGGGCGAGAUGUUUGUGUUUAAGGAUCGCUGGUUCUGGCGCCUGCGCAACAACCGGGUACAGGAGGGCUACCCCAUGCAGAUCGAGCAGUUCUGGAAGGGACUGCCCGCCCGCAUAGACGCAGCCUACGAGAGGGCUGAUGGCAGAUUUGUCUUCUUCAAAGGUGACAAGUACUGGGUGUUUAAGGAGGUGACGGUGGAGCCCGGGUACCCCCACAGCCUGGGGGAGCUGGGCAGCUGCCUGCCCCGGGAAGGCAUCGACACCGCUCUGCGCUGGGAGCCUAUGGGCAAGACCUACUUCUUCAAAGGCGAGCGGUACUGGCGCUACAGCGAGGAGCGGCGGGCCACAGACCCCGGCUACCCCAAGCCCAUCACCGUGUGGAAAGGCAUCCCGCAGGCGCCCCAGGGGGCCUUCAUCAGCAAAGAAGGAUAUUACACCUACUUCUAUAAGGGCCGGGACUACUGGAAGUUCGACAACCAGAAACUGCGGGUGGAGCCGGGCUACCCGCGCAGCAUCCUGCGAGACUGGAUGGGCUGCAACCAGAAGGAGGUGGAGCGGCGUAAGGAGCGGCGGCUGCCCCAGGACGACGUGGACAUCAUGGUGACCAUCAACGACGUGCCCGGUUCCGUGAAUGCCGUGGCCGUGGUCAUCCCCUGCAUCCUGUCCCUUUGCAUCCUGGUGCUGGUCUACACCAUCUUCCAGUUCAAGAACAAGGCGGGCCCGCAGCCUGUCACCUACUACAAGCGGCCGGUCCAAGAGUGGGUGUGAGCAGCCCCACGCCCUGUGUCCACUCGCUCUGGCCAGGCUGGCCCCUCCUCACCAGGGCCUGAGGGGCAGCUCCAGCCGCUGCCCACCCGGGGCCAUCAGGGCCCUAGGCCAGGGGCCUUGAAGCUGAAGUGGUGGGUGCAUUGGCCUAGGCUGAGGGCCUGGCAGGGAGCGAUCGGGUGCUGUUGCCAGGGUGGGUGUCUGGCACCCAGCUGCCAGCCUUCUAUCCUGGGUACACUACUCCCUAUUCAAGGGAAGAGCCCCAGCCCCCUCAGGAGGAACCCUGCCAGGGGGUGCCUCUAUGGUCACCACAUCUCAGCCUGCCCAGGAGGCACCAGAGCCCCAUUCCUGGCAUGGGUUCAGCACCCUCCAUGGGACGCUAGCCCUUGCUCUUGCCUCCAGCUGCGAGAUACUACCAGUCCCAGCCCCCUUUUGCCAACACCUGCUGGUCAGAUGUCCCCCUCCCCACAAGCCCCACUGUCCUCCAGUGCUCCAACAUGGUGGGCAGUGAGCCUAGGUUUUCCUGCUGACACAGCAGACCCCUCAGGAGACCUGCUCCACAGUCUGGCCUCUCUGCGGAGACCCUGAUUUUGGGUCACAUGCUGCAGGCAGGGCUGUGGCCCAGCUGGGCCUAACAAGGACCCAGCAGUCACGUGGUGAAUAUUGAAAUGUCCUCUCACUCCUGUGGAAGACCCAUUUUGCAAAGGCAGUUCAAGGGUUUCGGUGAAGCAGAGAUGAGGCUCCUAUGGCCACCGGCCCUCCGCUAGGUGGUCAGUGUAAGGUAGUUGAGAGACCAAAUCAGUCGAAUUAGAGCAAACAGGCUUUAUUGGGGAGAAAAACCCAGCCUGGGCGAAGUCCCACAGUCAACAGCGUCCGGCCGAGGGAUUCGCACUCCAGACUACAGGAGUGGUGUUUAUAUGGCCGGGGAACAUGUGACUGGGCUGCCUUGAGUCCAUAUAAGGUAAAGUAGUCAGGGAUUGAGAGAUACAGGUAUGUCCGGGUUUCUGGAAUAUAAGGUGUCUUCCUGGUUCCGGGUGUAUUCCUGCCAGGUGCAGAGCAGCGAGCCAAGAACAAAGCAGGCACUGAGCCAAACGGGUCGUGAACAAAACGGGCCAUGAGUAAAAGAAAAAAAAAACCUUGCAAA